GUGGGGAAUCCGCACUGACUCGGCAGCCCGCCGGCCGCCCUCCCGCCCGAGCCUCGGGCUCGCCUCGUAGAGCCCCGAGCGCCUCCGCGGCCCCGGUAUUGCGGCGGGCUUGCAGGAACUUUAAGCUUAUAAAAAGAAUAGAAAAAUGACAUUAAGGAAAGUGAACAUUUCCAUCCUUAUAGUGGCUGUUAUCAUAUUUUUGCUAGUUAUUCAUCAUAAUUUCCUAAGCCUCAGUGAUUUCUUGAGACGGGAAUUGUCAGAUCCAAGCCCCUUAGGACUUCAGCCUAUAGAUUUCAUUCCUGCAGCUCCCCAGAGGCUGACAGAGGAGAGGAAUGACAAGGAGAUUUCUGUGGUCAUUGCAGCAUCGGAUGAGAGGCUCGGGGGUGCAAUUGCAGCCAUGAACAGCAUUUAUCAGAACACCAGAUCCAAUGUGGUUUUCCACAUUGUUACUUUGAAUGAUACUGUGGAUCACUUGAGGAUGUGGCUGAGUAGCACUCCUCUGAAAAAUAUGAGAUACCAAAUAUCAGAAUUUGACCCUCGUGUCUUAGAAGGCAAAGUACAAGUGGAUCCCCAAAAGGCAGACACCUUCAAACCUUUAACCUUUGCAAGAUUCUACUUGCCCAACUUGGUACCUCAUGCAGAGAAGGUCAUCUAUGUGGAUGAUGAUGUGAUAGUGCAAGAUGAUAUUGUUGAACUUUACAACACUGCAUUGAAACCUGGACAUGCAGCUGCAUUUUCAGAUGACUGUGACUCAACCAGUAGUAAAGUUGCUGUCCGUGGAGCAGGCAAUCAGUAUAAUUAUAUUGGGUUUCUAGAUUACAAAAAAGAAACCAUCCGAAAGCUUGCCAUGAAAGCCAACACCUGCUCUUUCAAUCCUGGAGUUUUUGUUGCCAAUUUGACUGAAUGGAAAUUACAGAACAUCACGAAACAGCUGGAGAAGUGGAUGACACUUAAUGUGGUUGAGGAACUUUACAGUAAGACUCUGGCUGGCAGCAUCACAACUCCUCCACUGUUAAUUGUAUUUUACAAGCAACAUUCCAGUAUUGAUCCCAUGUGGAACGUCCGACAUCUCGGGUCUAGUGCUGGGAAAAGGUACUCCCCUCAGUUUGUGAAAGCUGCCAAGCUGCUCCAUUGGAAUGGACAUUUCAAACCCUGGGGAAGAACAGCUUCCUAUGCAGAAGUCUGGGAGAAGUGGUAYGUCCCUGACCCUACAGGCAAGUUCAACCUGAUCCGCAGACACUCGGAAGCCUAUGAAGCAAAGUAGAGUCCAUUUGAAUAAAGGAUGGUGUUUUCUCAGGAAACUUCUGGAGCCAAGCAGAGCUUUUUUUUCAGCCAGCUUGUAUGACAAAGCUGUCCUUGCCUUCUGGAGCACAAGAUGAUGUACUCAUUCAGGUGCUGUUCUGAAAUGCACAGGUCCAAAGGAGGCUCAUGUCACCUGUGUGACACAAGAUGCUCCUCCAGCAGCACUACAGAACACAAGGGAAGAUCUCCACCAAUGAGCACUUGUUUAUGUCAUUUUAGUCAUGUUCUGCUCUUUACUACAAGUCUUCUAGAGGAGGAUCACUUUGUCAGUUACAGAAACAAAGUUUCUAAGAACAAGAUACAAAUAUAGCUGGUACCUGCGCCAGCAAAUCUUGCACAAUGUACUGUAAUUAAGAGCUGCCCGGGUUUUGUUCAGUUUUGUUGUUGUUUGCUUUUGUUAUCCUGUGAAAUAAUUCCCUCAACAACCCUUUCUUGCAUGAAAUCUCUCCCCAACCAUUUCUGUUUAAAUCUUUCUUGCAGAAUUCUGCAAAACUGAAKCCUUUUUGAAAGAUGAAUCCUUCAAGUAUUAUUUCACUAUGCAAAAUGGUUUUGACUGACAGUGAACACUAAACCCUUUUUUUGUAAAGCAGUGGAUGAAACUUUGUUCAAAAAUAAAGCUAAUUAACAUGCUGACUCCAGCCUCAGGUAAAUGGCAAUCUAAUUCCAGUCUUGAUCUAAUCAGUGUUUCCUUUAUACUUAAAUACAAGUAGCAAGUUAUUGAUGCCGCAAUCAACUGAUCCCAUGGAAUUCUAAAACAGUGCAAAAUACUUAWUUUGGAGACCAGGCUACAUGAAUUACAGAUUAAUUUUGUUAUUGUUGAGUUUCUCAGAGUUCUCUUCAACAAGCUUGCUUCUGCUAUAAUUUUUCCURCUAUGCCUUUCCAAGUCUGGGAACUCAUCAAAUGAGAUGCCUGUGCCCUCUGCAGCCAGCUGCCCAUCACCUGUGCUACAGGAAACUUGAUCCUUUUUUUUUAUAGUUGUACCGUUAAGUUUAAGGAGUAGUUAUUAUUAGCUGAUACAUCCCAGCAGCUMUUGGGCCAGCCCUUCCAAUUAAUAGAGGUUCACACGCAGGUUGCUUGUGAAGAGCCCUUGGUGGAAGAUGUUCAGACAAAAGGCUUUGUGUUCAUGCAGUGACAGCUGAGUCUGCCUGGCCUGAUACAGGGCAGGAGAAUUAAAGGGCUCAUUSCUGCCCAUGAAUGUAGUCUUAGUUCUGCUUUCUCAUUUAUUAGGAUUUCAAACUGCUUUUCUCAUUGCRGUCUGCAUUUAUCAUUGUUUUUUAAAGACAAAAGGUGCAUU